AUGGAACAGCGCCAGGCACGCCCACCAUUCUUCUCAUCCACCUUCAUCAUCCUGCUCCUUCAUUCCGUCCGCAACAGCCACGUUCCGAUCCGACUCUCCCUACACUUCACAAGGCGGCAGCAUCCGGACAUUACCCCCCACAAGAACGCGUCUCGAGACAAACAACGCACAUUCAUCAUGUCGGGCAAAUUCCGUCUUCAUCCUGAACCAGGCACCGAACGUCACGCGCCGUUCCGUCUGGGCUCCGCCAUCUACAACACGAUCAGGACGGGCGGACUCGGGUCGGGACUGCUCGUUCCGCACGUGCUGCUUCCGAUCUACGGCAUCUAUGUGGUGACGCACCGCUCGGGAUACUGGACGCCCGAGUUUGAGCGCGGAUUGACCUUUGCGAUUGCGCUCCUGCAGGGCGUGUCGUUCGGCUCGGCGAUUGCGCUGGCCAUCGUGCGAUACAGCGCAUCGGGCAAGGCGAUCAAGGGACGACGCAUCGAAAAGACGGCGACGGACAGCGAGGAAAGCUCGCAGCACCGCAUCGAGGUCGCCCUUCGCGCAUCCAUCUACCUGUUUGCCGCGACGAUGCUGUGGGAGUACCUCGUACACUCCAAGUUUUCGCCCAUCACAGACGAGCAGGCGCGCCACACCUCGUCCGGAUUCCUCACAGCCACAGGCCCGCUGCGAAGGUUCCUCAGCAACGAGAGCAUCCUGCCCCAGCCGGACGAGGUUCGCGACCAGGUGUCGGGACUCGGUCUCAACCUGGAGGGCAAGGUAAACGACCUCCGAAACGCCGUGAAGAACUCGCCGCGCAUCCACGUGCCCGGCACCCAGGCUCCACCCAAGAGCCUCUUCCUCCGCGCCUACCAGAAGGUUUGGUAUUCGAUCACCGGCGGCCCUAGCGGCCUCAACCUCGGCCUGUUUGAGAUCGGUCCCAACGUCCGGAAGUAG